GAACUCCAUUUCCCAGGGCUAACACCGGUCUGCUCGAUCGAUUGACGGGAGUCAGCCGCUCACGCGGACUUUCUCUGGAACUAUUGAGUCGUCCGUCCCGCACGCUCGUUUACCGAGAGAAUCGGUCGGUUUUAUCUCCACGGAACGGUCAACAUCAGAAUAAGCGCUCGACUGACGAGGAAUUGUUUCGCUUCGACAGUCGAGAUCAAGAGCGCUAUUCGGAAAGACUAAAGCGUAGACUAGGAACUGCGUUUCUGAAGUCUCACAUUAGUUUCAACCGAAGACCCUACGAUGGACCCGAGAGAAGCUGCCCCCGACUGCUGGGAGCAGGAGGACGACGUGGAGGCCACGGUCGUGGGUCCUCUCGAAUCGGCACUCACCGAUUUAAACGUGAACGCCAGAGACUUUGUCCCGAAUAUAAACGCUGCUGAGUUUGUCCCGACCUUCGCUGUUAAGAAGCCCACGGAGAACCACGACCACGACGAUAUUCAAGCUCUGAACGACAGUGAUCUGAUGCGGGGAACUAAAGACGAGAUCGACGGAGAGAUUGAAACGAUUGCCAAGAUGGAAGAGUCAGAAACUGAAGCUACGGUGGAGAACGGGGUGUCAGAGACGACCACAGAGGAGGCCUGGGACCAAAAGCUGGCAGAGCCAAACGAAGCGGAACCAGGGGGCGGGCCCGAGCCGGACGGGGGGCCGGAGGAGGUCGAGGUCACCGCGGUGACCCCAGAGAUGGUCGAGGAAGAGGAGGAAGUGCCAAAGCCGAAGGUUGCACCUUGCCAGCCUGACGCUCCCAAAAAGGAGCACGUCAACGUAGUGUUCAUCGGCCAUGUAGAUGCUGGUAAAUCUACCAUCGGGGGCCAAAUCAUGUAUCUGACAGGGAUGGUGGAAAAGAGAACUCUGGAGAAAUAUGAGAGGGAAGCCAAGGAAAAGAAUCGGGAAACCUGGUAUCUGUCUUGGGCUCUGGACACAAACCAAGAGGAGAGGGACAAGGGCAAGACGGUGGAGGUGGGACGGGCCUACUUUGAGACGGAGAAGAAGCACUUUACCAUCCUGGACGCCCCCGGACACAAAAGCUUUGUACCCAACAUGAUUGGUGGAGCGUCGCAAGCUGAUCUGGCUGUAUUGGUGAUCUCAGCCAGAAAGGGGGAGUUUGAGACGGGCUUUGAGAAGGGCGGUCAGACACGGGAGCAUGCCAUGCUGGCCAAAACAGCCGGGGUGAAGCACCUCAUAGUCCUGGUCAACAAGAUGGAUGACCCGACAGUCAACUGGAGCCUGGAGAGGUAUGAAGAAUGUAAGGAGAAACUAGUGCCAUUUUUGAAAAAGGUGGGCUUCAACCCGAAGAAGGACAUCUACUUCAUGCCAUGCUCAGGCCUGACGGGAGCCAACUUGAAAGAACCUGUAGAUACUUGCCCCUGGUAUACAGGGUUACCAUUCAUUCCACAUCUGGACAGUUUGCCAUCUUUAAGGAGAUCAAAUGACGGCCCGGUCCGAUUAGCCAUUGUAGACAAAUACAAGGAUAUGGGCACAGUGAUUCUAGGAAAACUAGAGUCGGGGGUCAUCUGCAAAGCCCAGCAGCUGGUCAUGAUGCCAAACAGGCACACGGUGGAGGUGCUGAGCCUGCUGUCCGACGACGUGGAGACGGACGAGGCCGUCCCCGGGGAGAACCUCAAGCUGCGGCUGAAGGGCAUCGAGGAGGAGGAGAUCCUGCCCGGAUUCAUCCUGUGCAACCCCGACAACCUCUGCCACUCUGGGAAGACCUUCGACGCCCAGAUCGUCAUCAUUGAACACAAGUCCAUCAUCUGUCCCGGUUACAACGCAGUGCUACACAUCCACACGUGCAUUGAAGAAAUACAAAUUACGGCCUUAAUCUGUUUAGUGGACAAGAAGACGGGCGAGAAGAGCAAGACGCGGCCGCGCUUCGUCAAACAGGACCAGGUGUGCAUCGCCAGGCUGAGAGCUGCAGGGACCAUAUGCCUCGAAACAUUCAAAGACUUCCCCCAGUUUGGACGCUUCACCCUGCGAGAUGAAGGUAAAACCAUCGCCAUAGGUAAGGUGUUAAAGCUGGUGGCCGAGCGCGACUGAAGAGCCGGGGGCGACUGCGUGGUCCCCGAGGUGGCAGGCAGGGGGCGCCCUGCGGUCACUCUGGGCUUCUUAGCAGCCCGACAGCUGCACGUUCCCUGCAGCCCCGGCCCCCCCCCCCCCCCACCAGCCCUGGCUCCCCCCCGCCAGCCCAGCCCUGGGGGGAAUCGGCUUUGGGGGUUUCAAACAGAAAGGACCUCCGGUGUGAAAGGAAUGCCUGUUUUUUAAGCAAAAUGGAAAAUCCUAAAAUGUCUUAUUCUACACGAGUCGGCUUUCUCAUAUUGAGAGCUCAGUUAUACCAUUUUUUUCCCAAUUUACUUUCUCUGCUCAAUUAAUGAUUCCUAAAGAAAUUAUUUCCUUAUUUUUUUUUUUAUCCUUUUGAAUUGAAUCAAUAACAAUGUACGCCGUUGGAACCAAAUGUUUAAUCUCCUGGCUAAUUGUCUUCCUUUGCUUUCCUUCACGUUUAGUUUAUCAUGUUGAUCAUGUCAUCAGUGUUGAAGUGCGAACAUGAAAUAAAGCAAACCAGUAUGACAAUUAAA